AUCCUCCUCCGCGGCCCCUCGCAUCCUCGUCCCCGUCCCCUCGCAUCCUCGUCCCCGGCCCCUCGUACCCUCCCCCGGCCCGGGAGGAGCCGCUGACGCCAUCGCGGCGCGCCGGGCGCGGCCAUGGCGGCGGAGGCGGCGGUGGUGCGGGUGGCGGUGCGGGUGCGGCCGCUGCUGCCCCGGGAGGCGCUGCGGGGACACCGGCCCUGCCUGCGGAGCGAUGCCGCCACCGGAGAGGUGGCGCUGGGCCGCCGCCGGUUCCGCUUCGCCGCCGUGCUGCCCGAGGCGGCGGGGCAGGCAGCCGUGUACCGGGCCUGCGUGCAGCCGCUGCUGCGCGCCUUCUUCCGCGGCUUCAACGCCACCGUCUUCGCCUACGGACAGACCGGCUCCGGCAAGACCUACACCAUCGGGGAGGCCAGCGUCGCUUCCAUCAAUGAAGAUGAGCAGGGCAUCAUCCCACGAGCCAUGGCCGAGACCUUCAGGCUCAUCGAUGAGAAUGACCUGAUCGACUACACGGUCCGAGUGUCCUACCUGGAGGUGUACAAGGAGGAGUUUCGGGACUUGCUGCAGGUGGAUACAGCCAGCAAAGACAUCCAGAUCCGGGAGGAUGACAAGGGGAACAUUGUGCUCUGUGGCGUGAAGGAGUCAGAAGUGGAAGGGCUGGACGAGGUGCUGAGCCUGCUGGAGAUGGGGAACACAGCCAAGCACACGGGAGCCACCCACAUCAACAGGCAGUCGAGCCGCUCGCACACCAUCUUCACGGUGACCAUGGAGCAGCGGCGCGGGGCUGGCCGGCUGCCCCUGCACCACCGUGCCCCCGCUGUGCCCGCCCCCGGACAGGUCCUGGUGUCCAAGUUUCAUUUUGUGGACCUGGCGGGCUCAGAGAGAAUUGUGAAGACGGGAAACACAGGGGAGAGGCUGAAGGAGAGUAUCCAGAUCAACUGUGGCCUCCUGGCCUUGGGCAACGUCAUCAGUGCCUUGGGAGAUCCUCGGAGAAAGACUACCCACAUCCCGUACAGGGACUCCAAAAUCACCAGGAUCCUGAAAGACUCCUUGGGGGGGAAUGCCCAGACCGUGAUGAUAGCCUGUGUCAGCCCCUCAUCCUCUGACUUCGACGAAAGCCUCAACACGCUCAAUUACGCCAACCGGGCUCAGAACAUCCAGAACAAGGCGGUGGUGAACUGCCGCAAGGAGACGGAGCACAUCGAGGAGCUCCACCUGCAGAUAAAGAACCUGCAGAAGGCGCUGGAGCAGCGGCAGCGCUCCGAGACCCGCAUCAUCCACCGCUCGGGCAGCGCCAAGCGCGGCGCGCCGGACGCCACGGCCCGGCUGCUGGCCGAGUGCGCCCAUUACCGCACCUGCACCGACGCCGCGCACCGGCUGCUGACGGAGCUCCAGGAGGACAGCAACCUGACCGUGGAGCAGAUCCUGCGUGUCAAGGAGUGGCUGUGCGCCGUGGAGAGCGAGAGGAGCGAGCUGACCUCGGCCGGGCUGGAUAGUGGCAUUGAGAGCACCUCCACGGAAGAGCAGGGACCGGAGGCUCAAGGUUCAAAACUGGCAAAAGCCCAGGAGCAGGUGAGCACUGAGAAGAAGUGUGAGUCCAUCAAAGAUGAGCAGGUGGCCAAGCUACAGAGGCAAGUGGAACGCCUGGAGGAGGAGAACCGUGAUUUCCUGGCUGCCCUGGAAGAUGCUAUGGAACAGUAUAAGCUGCAGAGUGACAAACUGCAGGAGCAGCAGGAUAAGAUCUCAGAGCUGCACGUGCGCUUGGAGAUGGCAAUGCCAAAUCUGUGUGUGCCAGGACUGCUGGAAAAUCUUCACCUGGUCACUGCCAGCCAGAGACCUCACACAGCCCCACUGGAUGCUGCCCCAUCCCAUGGCUUUGGUGGGGUUCCCUCUGGGCUGCUUCCUGAGCAGAAUGGAAGAGCUCUUUGCAAGAAGGGUGACAGGCACCCGAACCACACACAGCGCCCGACUGGCGAUCCUGAGGUGCUGCUGAGGAGGGAGCUCAGCCAGGACUCAGAAAAGCCAUCAGAGCUGUCCUCAGGAGAAGAGAUGGAGGAAUGGGAACGGAAACAGUCCCUGUCCCGGUGCCAAAAUGGGAUCCAAAAUUUAAGCAAGAAAGAGAUGUUCAAGUGGAGCGAGGAGCCAAGUGGAGGCAAUGCCCAUUCAAUUCAGGAGGAGCAGCUGGAGCUGUCAAAAGAGGUCUGUGGGAAGCGGGAGUCACUGCUUGGUUCCUGGGAGCGCCUGCCAGGGAAGGACUCAGAGUGGAGGCUGGUGCAAGCGCAGCAGAAGAUUCGAGAGCUGGCAAUCAACAUCCGCAUGAAGGAGGAGCUGAUCACGGAGCUCAUUAAGACAGGCAAGGAUGCCCAGGCUCUGAACAAGCAGUACAGCCAGAAGAUCAAUGAGCUGGAGCAGGAAGCAGAGCAGGUGCGGGCAGAGCUCAGCGACAGCCAGAAGCAGCUCCAGGAGCUGGAGGGCAAAGAGCCGUGGGACCCUGGGGAGAAGCGCAAGCUGCAGGAGUACCGCACACGCUUGGCGGCCGCGCGGAGCAAGGCACAGGUUCUGUGCAGGAAGAAGCAGGCGACGGAGAGGCUGGUGUCGCUGGCGGCGCAGAGCGAGAAGCGCGUGCAGGAGCUGGAGAGGAACAUCCAGCUGAUGCGGCGGCAGCAGGGGCAGCUGCAGCGGCGGCUGCGCGAGGAGAGCGAGCAGAAACGGCGGCUGGAGACGGAGGUGAACAAGGGACAGCACCGAGUCAAGGAACUGGAACUGAAGCACGAGCAGCACCAGAAAAUCCUGCGCAUCAAAACAGAGGAAAUUGCGGCUUUCCAGAGGAAGCGGCGGAGUGGCAGCAAUGGUUCUGUGAUCAGCCUGGAGCAGCAGCAGAAAAUUGAGGAACAGAAGAAGUGGCUGGACAUGGAGAUGGAUAAAGUUCUCGAGCAGCGCCAGGCCCUGGAUGAGCUGGAAGAUGAGCUGAGGAAGCGGGAAGCUAUUGUGGCCAAGAAGGAAGCCCUGCUGCAGGAGAAGAAUGGUCUGGAGAGCAAACGGCUGCGCUCCAGCCAGGCCCUGACAGAUGACAUAGUGCGCGUGUCCAGCCGCCUGGAGCACCUGGAGAAGGAGCUGAGUGAGAAGAACGGGCAGCUGCGCCACGGCAGUGCCCACGACCAGCAGCAGAUCCGCCAGGAGAUCAACAGCCUGCGCCAGGAGAAGGACCAGCUGCUCAAACAGAGGCUGGAGCUCGACAAUAAGCUGCGUCAGGGCACGCUGCUGUCCCCAGAGGAAGAACGGAUCUUGUUCCAGCUGGAUGAGGCAAUUGAGGCUCUGGAUGCAGCCAUUGAGUACAAGAAUGAGUCCAUCACGUGCAGGCAGCGAGUCCUGCGGGCCUCGGCCAGCCUGCUGUCGCAGUGUGAGAUGAACCUCAUGGCCAAGCUCAGCUACCUCUCCUCCUCUGAGACACGAGCUCUGCUCUGCAAGUACUUUGACAAGGUGGUAACACUGCGAGAGGAUCAGCACAGGCAGCACAUUGCCUUCUCAGAGCUGGAGAUGCAGCUGGAGGAGCAGCAGCAGCUGGUGUACUGGCUGGAGGCGGCCGUGGAGCGCCAGCGCCUGGAGAUGGACCGCCAGCUGACCCUGCAGCAGAAGGAGCACGAGCAGAACAUGCAGUUACUGCUGCAGCAGAGCCGUGAGCAUUUGGAUGAGGGGCUGGCCAGCAGCAAGCUGCAGUAUGAGGCGAGGAUUCAAGUGCUGGAAAAGGAGCUGAGCCGUUACAUGUGGGCAAACCAGGAGCUGAACCAGAGACUGAAUAACAUGAACCUCCAUCCUGGACAGACCAAAGCAGGGAUGGAGAGGAGCAUUCAUGGGGCUGGGGACAGGGCUGCCCCUGAGCCUGGUGCCAGUGAGGAAUUCAGCCUCAGGGAGCAGCCCGUGCCUCCAGCUGCCGCCGAGGAGAGCCCUCGGGCCAGGGAUGAGGGCAGGGACCUGGUGCACGCCCCUUUGCCCUCGACAUGGAGGCGUUCCUCGCUGCCCAGCGACAGCCCCGGCGACCCUCGGCAGAGGGACACAGAGCACUCGCUGAGAGCGGGGCAGCCCCACGAGCUGCUCCCACCACGGAGCCUGGCUGCCCCCAAACCCCGCCGGGAGCUGCGCAGAGCCAGCCUGAACGUCAGCCCAGUGCCUCAUCACCCAGCCAUGAUAGACGUGAGGAAAAACCCGCUCUAGAGCCAGGCUCAACGCUCACCUGGCACAGGGCAGGGAGCAGCAGGUACUGCCGACCUGAGCUUGAGAGCCCUCCUGCCCCACAAUCAGCUUGGUGACAGCCCUGUUACAUUUCAGGGGCCUGAGGAAGAGAAAGAUGUGACUUCUUGUCAUGAGGGAGUUGGGUGUGUACGGUGUGGGAGCACCAGCCUACAUUCUUCACAUUGCUGCCAGUCGAAGCUUUUCCUCUGCUCCCUCAGCAGCUUAAACACUGUGAAGCAGGAGACACUUUGCUUCCAGGCCUCUUAACACUAAAAACUUGUUUACAAUGUGGAAUUCUGAGCUGAAGAGCUUGCUCAGCCCUGGCAGCCUCAGAGGAUGCAGAUGCUCUGCAGUCCUGCAGAAUUUGUACAAAGAUUUUUGUAGUAACUUUGGGUUUUUUACAUUUCUACUAUAACUUUUCUAAUAAAGCAGAGUGAGUUUUAUGAAA